UACUAUUAGUACUCUGCUCUGAACUCCCGACAUUGGUGACUUCCCCACAUACUCAUACAGACACUGCAAGAAAACAUAGGAGCCAUGAGAGGUAGAGGAACAGGAGAAGACAUAUACAGCGACAUAUAGGGGAACAGAAUACUACCUAGUCCACUACCCUCUUCUCUAGGACCUUUCAAUGGUCUACAAGUUACAAGGUCUCUACGUUCAUGAAUUAUAAUUUCGGCGGCAACGUUUUCGAGCAGGAGGUAGGAGGAGGAGGAAGAGGAGAAGGGAACUGCUCAUGGGCCAAGCCGUGCGACGGGUGCCGCGCGGCGCCGAGCGUGGUGUACUGCCGUGCCGACGCCGCUUACCUCUGCGCGUCCUGCGACACGCAGGUGCACGCCGCGAACCGCGUGGCCUCGCGCCAUGAGCGCGUGCGCGUCUGCGAGGCCUGCGAGCGCGUGCCCGCGGUGCUGGCAUGCCGCGCCGACGCCGAAGCGCUGUGCGCCACCUGCGACGCGCAGGUGCACUCUGCAAACCCGCUCGCCGGGAGGCGCCAGCGCGUGCCCGUGGUGCCACUCCCGGCUGCAGCCGCUGCUUCUGUGCUUGCCGAGGCAGCAGCAGCCAUCACCACCGCCAUCGGUGACAAGGAAAAGGAAGUGGACUCUUGGCUGCUGCUCAGCAAGGACUCUGACAACAACAAUUGCAGUAGCAGCAGCAACAACAACAACAACAUGUACUUUGCAGAAGUCGAUGAAUACUUCGAUCUUGCCGGAUACAAUUCGUACUGCGAUAAUCACAUCAACAACAACCCAGAACAGUACGGAAUGCAAGAGCAGCAGCUUAUGCAAAAAGAAUUUGGAGAGGAGGGAAGCGAGUGCGUGGUACCUUCACAAGUUGCGAUGGCGAACGAGCAGCAGCAGAAUUACUAUGGAGUUGUAGGGGCAAAGCAGGCUGCCUCUAUGACUGCCGGGAUAUCUUUCUCAUCAAUGGAGGUGGGUAUAGUACCAGACAACAUGGCGACAAACAUGACAAACCCCGGCAUCCUAACACCUGCUGGAACCAUCAACCUGUUCUCAGGUUCUUCACUUCAGAUGCUACUUCACUUCAGCUCCAUGGACCGAGAGGCCAGGGUCCUCAGGUACAGGGAGAAGAAGAAGAAUAGGAAGUUUGAGAAGACCAUACGAUAUGCGACAAGGAAGACAUAUGCAGAAGCACGGCCAAGGAUCAAGGGCCGCUUCGCCAAAAGAUCAGAUAUGGAAGUCGAAGUGGACCAGAUGUUUUCAACUGCAGCUCUAUCUGAUGGUAGCUAUGGUACUGUUCCAUGGUUCUGAAGGAACUUGAAGAGACGUUAUCUUAUAGGCAUAUGUAUUGACAAGAGUGAUAAGGUCCAGUGGAAGUAGUUAUAGGA